UUUUCAUCAUUUCCAAGGAAAAUCUUCGAUAUUACUAAUAAUUUUAUCGUUCUUGUACAAAGUAAACCUUAAAAGUGAAAUGUGAUUAGCGACCAACAUUUAACCUGGAAGAAAACAAGCAUUUUAAUUCACAACAAGUAUUUACCUGCAUUUCCAUUAACCUCUGUUUUAUUUCAAAAUGAUGAAUUAUCUUAUAAGAAGUCGAGGGUUUACCUUAGGCCGUUCAUUGAGUACGACGGCUGUGAGAUGUAGUAAUUUACCUCCGAAGCGUGCUCCGAAGAAUCACUUUCCUAUUACAUGGAAGUCGGUUGCGGGGACCGCGGUGGUAGGUGGAGGUCUUACUGCCUUCAUGCUUUAUCUGAAGAAGGAGAAGCAAGACGCGAUAGAGCGGGACAGGCAGCGACAGCUUGGGAAAGCCAAAAUUGGCGGCACCUUCGAGCUGGUUGAUUCACAGGGCAAGAUUGUAAAAAGCACAGAUUUCUUAGGAAAAUGGCUACUAAUAUACUUUGGAUUCACACAUUGUCCAGACAUUUGUCCUGAUGAGCUGGAGAAACUGUCAGAAGUAGUUGAUAAGUUUGAUUCUGAUCCAAACUCACCGCCACUGCAACCCCUGUUCAUAUCUGUGGACCCACAAAGAGAUACUCCAGAAAUUGUUGGCAAAUACUGCAAGGAGUUCUCCCCGCGGCUGCUCGGGCUGACGGGCACGCAGGAGCAGGUGCAGCGAGCCUGCCGCUCCUACCGGGUGUACUUCAGUGCGGGACCGUCCGAUGUUGACAAUGACUAUAUUGUGGACCACACAAUCAUCAUCUACCUCGUGAACCCAGAUGGUGACUUUGUGGACUACUACGGACAGAACAGAAACGCUAAAGAGAUCCACGAAUCCAUACAGGUUAACAUGACGAAGUACAAAUCAGCAAACAAAACUUCGUGGUUCUAAAUUUGUUAAAAUAUGCAUUUAUUUUUCUGUUACAUCUAGUGCUUAGAAUUACACAAAGAUAUUUUUGUUUAAGUUGAAUAAAAUUGUAAAUUAUUGAA